CCAGGGUGAAGGGUCAGGAGAGCCCCGGCACUCCCAACAUGGCGGCUGCCGGGGUUGUGGUGGCGGGGGUGGCCACGAGCAGCCCGGAAUCCCCUGCAGGGACGGCAGUCCGAGCUCGGCGGCCGCCCUCGGGUCCGCCCGCGAGGCUGCCUCCGCUGCUCGUGCUGCUGGCGGCGGCGGCCGGGCCGGGUGCGGGCGGCGCGGCUCGGCUGUACCGUGCGGGCGAGGACGCUGUGUGGGUGCUGGACAGCGGCAGCGUGCGCGGGGCUACGACCAACAGCACGGCCGCGUGGCUGGUGCAGUUCUACUCCUCGUGGUGCGGCCACUGUAUCGGCUACGCGCCCACCUGGCGGGCCCUGGCCAGGGACGUGCAAGACUGGGCUGCCGCCAUCCGAGUCGCCGCCCUGGACUGUGCGGAGGAGAGGAACCACGAGGUGUGCCAGGCCUAUGACAUCCACUACUACCCCAGCUUCCGGUACUUCAAGGCCUUCACGAGGGACUUCACGACCGGAGAGAACUUUAAAGGUCCCGACCGAGAGCUGCAGACAGUGAGACAGGCCAUGGUCGACUUCCUGCAGAACCACACGGACACAAACUGGCCCCCUGCCUGCCCGGCGCUGGACCCCAUUCGGCCCAGUGACGUGCUGUCUCUCAUCGACAAGCGGGACGGCGUCUGCGUGGCUGUCAUAUUCGAGAGCAGGGGCUCAUACGUCGGACGAGAGGUGACGCUGGACCUGAUCCCCUACGAGAACAUCGCCGUGAAGAGGGUGCUGGAUGCUGAGCAGGCCUUUCUGGAGAAACUCGGCAUCUCUUCUCUUCCUUCCUGUUACGUGAUUCACCCAAAUGGGUCGCACGGGUUAACUAACGUUGCGAAGCCUCUCCGGUCAUUUUUUUCCUCUUAUUUGAAGUCAUUGCCGAACGUGAGGAAAAAAUCGCCUUUGUUCCCUGAAAAGCUGAGUGAAGCAGAGAAUGAAGCUGAGGCUGUGGAGUGGAGGGAGUUUGACAGGUCGAGACUGUACACGGCGGACCUGGAGUCGGGGCUGCACUGCCUCCUGCGGGUGGAGCUGGCUGCCCGCAGCGCCCUGGCCGGGGCCGAGCUGAGGACGCUCACCGACUUCAUCACCAUCGUCGCCAAGCUGUUCCCCGGCCGGCCGCCCGUCCGGAGGCUGUUGGAGAUGCUGCAGGAGUGGCUGGCCAGCCUGCCCCUGGACAGGGUCCCCUACAACGCUGUCCUCGACCUGGUCGACAACAAGAUGCGGAUUUCUGGAAUAUUCCUUAGCAGUCAGAUAAGGUGGGUGGGAUGCCAAGGAAGCCGCCCGGAGUUGAGGGGCUACACGUGCUCCCUCUGGAAGUUGUUCCACACCCUGACCGUCCAGGCCGGGGCCCACCCAGAAGCACUGGACGGCACAGGUUUUGAAGGCGACCCCCAGGCCGUGCUGCAGACCAUCAGGAGGUACGUCCGCACCUUCUUUGGGUGCAAGGAAUGCGGGGAGCAUUUUGAGCAGAUGGCCAAAGAGUCCAUGGGUUCUGUGAAGACCUUGGACCAAGCAAUUCUCUGGCUGUGGGAGAAGCACAACCUUGUCAACAGCCGCCUGGCAGGCCACCUGAGCGAGGACCCCAGGUUCCCGAAGGUCCCAUGGCCCACUCCGGACCUCUGCCCAGCCUGCCACGAGGAGUCGCGGGGCCUGGACCGCUGGGACGAGGGCCAGGUGCUCCUUUUCCUGAAGCGGCACUACGGCAGCAGCAACCUUGUCCACACACACGCCGCAGCCCUGGGUGGCGAGGGCGCGGCUGAGGGGCAGGGGCUCGGCCAUGGGGACCCCAGGGCCCAGAGCCUGCACGCCCCCCACGUGCUGCCCCCCUCGCCUGGCCUGUCGGAGCGGGCACGCCUGGGAGUGGCCGGGGCUGCAGGCCGCCGGGAAGUGGAGGCGGCUGCGCCCUUCCUGGGGAUGGGCUUCUCCAGCCUGGACAUGAGCCUCUGCGUCCUGCUGUACGUGGCCUCCUCCCUGUUCCUGAUGCUCAUGUUCUUCUUCUUCCGUGUGCGGGUCAGACGCUGGAAGGUCCGGCACCACCACCCAGCGGUAUAGCUGCACAGGGCUGGGGGCACUCGUGGACACAGCCCCCAUGCCUGCAGCGGUGACGUUUCUGAUCAGGGAUGUAGACACAUGGUGGACCUGCUCAUGGCCCAAGACAGCCCUGCACUGGAGCCGGGUGGGGGUGUCUGCACUCCUGGCCUGCUCAGCCGACGCCUGGGACAGAAGAUGGCAAAACGAUGUCUGUGUUUUCCCCCUUCUAGGCCUAGACGUGGGUGGGGUGUCCCUUGUGUGGCGCCUCCUCUCACCUCAAGUUUGCAAGACUCCACAUCUGUCUGCCCUGCAAGGCCUUGUUCUGGGACUUGGAGAAAACCCCACCCUCCCCCCACAGGGAGUCAAAAGGCGACCAGAGGCAGUCGCAGGGCUGCAGGAAGAGCCCCCUGCCUGGCGGCAGAGCUGUGCUUGGAAGGAGGGGUGGUUCCCUGGCUACCUCCUCAGGGACAGUGCCUUUGCCCUUCUCUGUGUUACUCUGGUGAGGAGAGAGAACUCACUGAGUGAAGGCCACCCCAGCCUGGCCGUCGUCCCUGGGCAGUUCCCGCCACCGCCCCUGAUGGUCCGGCCCUGCAGUUCACCGGAAGACCUGAGCCGGAGGAUCAGGGCAACCUGGAGCACACUGGUGCCCCCAGGCUAAACUGUGUUUGCCUGAAGCAGUUUUCACCAAAGGGUCGGCGCAGGGCCUGUCCCGGGCUUGGUGGCUAAUUGCUUACCAUUUACUAACUUUAGGACAUUAUUUGUAAAACCCAAAACAUUCGGAGGUAACAAGACAAAUUCUGCUGGGGGCGUUGCCUGGGAGACCCUGUGCGGAAGCUCAGCGGUAUCUGCGAGUGCGUGCGCAUGCGCGUCACUUUCUCCGCUCCUGUUCGGCUCCUGUGCUCUUCACACGGGACAGCGAGGCUGUGUUUGUGAGAUGGCCAUCAUGCCGAUGUCACUGCUGCAGCCUGGGGAUCUGACAUCUCCAGCAUGCAUUAGCUUGGUGUCCCCCCUGGGGGGGGCGGGGCCUGCCACCUGAGCCUGCCCAUCACUCCUGUUUUAAAGCCCCUGGGCUUGUCCUUGUGGUUUGUCGUGUGCCUGGGUUGUUGACUCCGUGGUGUUCCUUUUCCACUUGAAGCCCCGCAGGUUUGCGUGAGUUGGAGGGAAAUACUUAGAACCAUUCAUUCAGCUGUCCUUGGUUCAUGUCCAAUGUCUCCCUUCCCAAAGUUUUUCCAGGCCGUGUGCCCUGUCCUAGGUCGCAGCCGGGCGGACAGGCAGUGUCAGCUUGCAGACAUUAAAGGUCAUCAUAGUGCUGCAGGUGGAGGUCUUCGCUCUGAGGGACACGCGCACAACACGCGGAGGGUCCUGGUUUUCAGCAGACGGUUCGUAGGGAGGCCCUGUGCCAAGGCGGCCGUGGCCGCGCGUCUCACGUGCAAGUGUGCGCGAUCUUGCACGCCUCGUGUGGCCCGCUCAGCGCCGGAUGCUGUGCUUAGGAGAGUCUCCUUUAGGUUUAUUUUCUAAAGUUGUAAAUAUUGAGACAAUGAAUAUAAGUUCGGAAACUUAAAUGUAUUUAUUUUUAAUGGAAGAAUUUUGAUUAAAAAGCCAAUUGGUGUGGAAUGUCACUGAAAUUUCUUACUUGCAAGGGAAGCGAACAUUUUGUAUUUAAGUAAACAAAUGUGCACAUUUUGAAAUAAAUCUGACGUUUGAAA